CAGGCAGCAGAGCAGAGCAGCACGCAGUGCCCACCUAUGCUCGCCACGAUGCUCAACACUACGCUCUCUGCUUGCUUCCUGAGCCUGCUGGCCCUCACCUCUGCCUGCUACUUCCAGAACUGCCCAAGAGGAGGCAAGAGGGCCACAUCCGACAUGGAGCUGAGACAGUGUCUCCCCUGCGGCCCCGGCGGCAAAGGGCGCUGCUUCGGGCCGAGCAUCUGCUGCGCGGACGAGCUGGGCUGCUUCCUGGGCACCACCGAGGCGCUGCGCUGCCAGGAGGAGAAUUACCUGCCCUCGCCCUGCCAGUCUGGCCAGAAGCCUUGCGGAAGCGGAGGCCGCUGCGCCGCCGCGGGCAUCUGCUGCAGCGAUGAGAGCUGCGUGGCCGAGCCCGAGUGCCGAGAGGGUUUUUUCCGCCUCACCCGCGCUCGGGAGCAGAGCAACGCCACGCAGCUGGACGGGCCCGCCCGGGAGCUGCUGCUUAGGCUGGUACAGCUGGCUGGGACACGAGAGUCCGUGGAUUCUGCCAAGCCCCGGGUCUACUGAGCCAUCGCCCCCCACGCCUCGCCCCUACAGCAUGGAAAAUAAACUUUUAAAAAAUGCA